UUAGGACUACUAAGGUUGGUUUAUAUACUUGAGGGGGGAAAAAUAUACUUGAGGGGUCAUUCCACUCUUUGUUCUAACAGUUUCCACCCACUGACCCCCACGGGCGCGGGGAACACCCGCCUCUUGCCAUUGUCAUUACUAGUAGGAGCGUUCAUUGGGAGGUCGUCUUUUUUGUCUCAUGUCAAUACCUAGAAUAGGACUGAAUAGUUACCUAAGACCGCAUAAAACUGGCAAAACCAUCCGCACUUGUUCUCUCUAUAAACUCACAUACACUGUUGUAAUAUACUUAUUCAAAAUUGAACCUCUUCUUUGCAGUCAAAUUGACUGACAAUACUUGAAUAGUGUGUUGUAGUAUAUUCCGUUGUAUGACACUUGCGAGUGUGUUGGAAAUUAAAGUAGAAUAAUUAAGGAAACAGUUAUCAAAAUCAUAUUGGGAAGUCAUAAUUUACGAAGGCUGAGGUUGGUCCAAGUUAGUUUUAUUUUAUUAAAGUUGCGGCAAAAACCUUGAAGAGGUGACUAAUACAAAGGAUCAUCAUGUUGCAAAUGAUGGAACACCUUAAUGAGUGGCUACAAUUUGCAUGCUCACAAGCAUGUAUCUAUUGGAUGAGCAGCAUGUCUGAUUGACGGAUUGAAAUGCAAGUUAGAUUUUUGUCAAAAAAUUUUCUUUUCUUUUCGGCAGGUUAUAAACAUAUUGACAUCGUCUACAGAGCUGAUUGACCUCAUUAAGAGUGUGGACACCGUUCUUCAUUCUAAACCAGCUGGAUCAUCCAAAUCAAUGCUUAAUAACUUAUACAGAUAUGUUCCAGCAAUCCGAGAACAGUUGCAGGACUGGGAGGAUGGCCUGUGUGAGAGUGAUGCUGAUGGAUCAUUCUUGCACGAGAAUUGGAAUAUAGAUCUACGACUUUUCAGUGAUGGUGAAGAUGGUGGACAGCAACUUCUUCAGCUCUUUCUGUUACGUGCAGAGUCUGAGCUGCAAGCCAUAUCAGGAGACAAUCUUGGACACAACCUCCAGUGUUUACAUGCUCUGAAAACGCAGUUGGACUGCUUGUUUGGUGGCCCUCUUGUGAAGUCCAUGUCAUUCAUGCAGGAGUCAAAACAGUGUCAGCAAUCGCGUGAUGAAAUAUUCAAGCCCAGAAGGGUUGGCUAUCAAACUUUGGCUGAUGUAAAAUACAAGGGUGAUUGGAUGAAGCGGCCUAUCUCUGAUGAUGAGGUUGCUUGGCUUGCAAAGCUGCUUGUCAAUGUGUCAGGCUGGCUUAACGAGAUCCUUGGGCUAAACCAGAGCGAGAGCAGUCAUGUAGGUCCUGUCUGGUCAUAUGUGGAGUUGUCAGGUGAUGCACGCAAUGUUCAUGGACUUACAGACACCAUGAAAGUAGUGUUGUGUUCUGUUGGUUCUUGGCUCGUCACAGUGGGUGGUGCUGUAGUGAUGUUCAUGAGAAAGCACGGUUUGCGGGUGAACCUCAGGUUGCUAGCCUCAAAGAAGGUGGUGGCAGUGUUUGUUAUGGUUAUUGGGUUCAGCGUUCUGAAAAACGCUUUUGCAGAGCGUUAGAUGUGGUAUGUAAAUUUCGUUGUAUUGGUGUUCAAGUGAAUAUGAUUUUGCGCGGCUUGAAAAUAUCACGUGAGGUUAUUUUAUAGUCU